AUGGCCUGCAAUAACCACGAUGGACUUAAAGAAAACGGUGGCGGGAAAUUCGACAAUGGCGGCGUAUUCGGUGCGUCAUCGUCGUCGUCGUGUAAUAGGUCAACCAACCAGACUAAAAAGGUCGAUUUGGUCGGACCCGGUAGCCCGGGAAUCGUGAARUAUGUUACCGCGGUCACGUCGAACGUCGGCGUCGAAAAGUCGUCCAAGGGUUCAAACGUUACGCCGUCUCGCGGAAAGUUGCGUCGUCGAGACAGUGGCAAGAACUCGAUAGGCACCUUGGACCAGGCAAUCCGCCAGAGAAACAUAUUCACCGCGGUGGCCAAGAUGCCGGUCGAGAUUCAGACGACGUUGAUCGAAAACGGCUGGAUCGGUAAAAUUACGGUCGCCGACAACUGUUUCCGCCGGAGAGGUACCAACGUCGAAGUGAUAUCGCUACACCAUAACGUCGAGCGCGUCAAAACGGUCGCUAAACGUUACGAGUCUGGCUUGGUGUGGAUGGACGCGCGUAGCGGCGGCGUUAACUGGAUGACACUGCACCCGGAUGUUGUAGUCAACCGGUUCCCGAGGGACGCUAAUGCCGCGUUGAAGUUGUGUGGCAACACUCUGGCUGGACAAUCCGAGUUCAACAAUUACUACCCGAGGGCGUAUCCGGCGUGCACCGAAGGGAUUCAUGCUGAUAGCUUCGUCGCAGAUUACUCGCUAACCGCUUGUGUGUCGUUACUGCGAGCAUUUGUGAAUAGUGAUCAUCACACCAUGUGCGCCAAAAACGGUCAGGUUCCUCUUUCAGCACUUAACUUCGCCGCGAUUAAAUGUCACCAAUACUUGACGGACGGCAGAUCGCUAAGUGUGGCGUCGUUUCCAGGGAAGGGCGCUGAUUGGGAAAAGUUUUUCGAACAUUACUAUAAGAUCGUACACGACAGGCGGAAGUUCACAGUGCCAGUAUCGGUCGAUGACGAGGAAGAAGCGCUGCGCUAUUUGGCAAUGUCUAGUGGCAAGUUGGUUGACCAGUUGACCCAGGAGAGGCCUCAGACGGUGAUGGACGGUUACGAGAACGUGUGGAUUGUCAAGUCUUCAGUGGCUCUGCAGUCCGGACGGCCAGUGAUGCUGAACAAGAUCGGUGACGUGCUGGAUCGUUGCGCGAGGGUGGGCGGUGCCAAUCACAUUGUACAGAAGUACAUCGAGACGCCAUUGCUGCGCAAUAACGUCAAGUCAGACGUCCACACAUGGAUCGUGCUCUCGACGCUUGACAAUCGGCUGACGGUGUGGUUGCACCGGACGUGCGCCGUGCAACCGUACCCGCACGAGUUCUCGCUGCACCGGGGCGGCACCAAUGCCGGUCAUUUCGAUCGGCUCAAGACUGGUGGGCUGCACGGGAUGCUACGGCCGACGGCACUGACUUGCAGCCUCAAGCAGCUCGUGGAGACGAUACGGCAUGGCAAGAAAACUGGAGAAAAAAAGCAGAAGAAACGGCGGCAUCAGCAGCUGCAACAGGUGGCGGUGAACGAUGACGGUGAAGACGGACACGGCGUCUACUCGGCUGUUAGACGGUCCGUGGUGUCGGCGAUGACCGCGGCCACGACGGCCGGUUCGCUCGACCUGAGGCCCAACUGUUUGGAACUGUUUCGUGGUACGUUCGUCCUGGGCGACGACACGCGACCGUGGCUGAUCGACAUCGUGUCGGACGACCCGUGYAUGGACGCUGAGUGUAACAGAGAGGGAGACCGUGCGACGCCAUCGAUCAUUAUAGCACGGAGCGUGGCGCGUGGUGUGGCCAAGAUGCUGGUGGACGGCGGUCGCGGGCGGACCACCCGGAUAGGCAUGUUUGAUAUUGUGCAUGAGUGUUCAAUGCCAGCCGGCGCUGUUAUGUAUGUGCCACGGCCAUUCGCCGAGUCCGCUCCUACGUACACCAAGUACAAGUUGCUGGCCGGCAGGACCAACCAGCCACGCGGCCACAUGUCCACACGUGUUUCCCACAGUGAGGUCUAUCGCCAACACCACUGGUGGGACGACGACUCCAUUAGCACUUAUGUGCAGAUGAUCAGUGCAGCCGACGUCGAGGAUCAACCACAGACGCGCUCUCCGACGGUCGGCGAGAAGGUGGCGGUGACGGAAAACGAUGCGGAUCAGUGCUCAGUAGACGACGUGGAGCUGAGCUCAGAACUGAUUUUUGGGUCGACCGAAGACCGCGACUCUUGCGACCCAGGCAACACCCGUCGGUGCUUGAAGCUGUUGAAAAAGUGUAAGACGAAAAUCUCGUCCGUGCAAUGGCUAUGCAAGUCUAUCAUACGCCGAGAACACAACAACAAGAAACGUAAUGCUUGACAAAACUCAGA